GCAGCGCGGUUACCCGUGGGCAUCUAACGUCGGCCAUUAUAACGUUGUGUACAACUUAUCCGACAAAAAAAUACUACUAAUAUUGAAAAACUCAUCAUGGCAAAUGAAGAAUAUUUCGUGUUAGAGGGCGGUGAUCGCAUGCCAAGGAUCGGCUUCGGGACAUGGCAGGCUACUGAUGAAGAACUCGAGAAGGCCGUGGAAUCUGCGUUGGAGGCCGGGUACCGACACAUCGACGCGGCCCCUGUGUACGAGAACGAGAAGGCGCUGGGAAGGGCCUUGAAGAAGUGGAUAGGAGCCAACCCCAGCCGGAGGAAAGAACUAUUCAUUGUUACAAAACUUCCACCUGGAGGUAAUCGUCCCGACUUGGUGCAAGAGUGCUUCGACGCAUCCUUGCGGGAUCUAGGUCUGGAAUACAUCGACAUGUACCUCAUCCACACCCCGUUUGCGUUCGAGCACGUGCCCGGGGACUUCCACCCCAAAAACCCAGACGGCUCCAUGCGCGUGGACCACACCACGGACCUGAUCGCCGUUUGGAAGGCAGUAUUAAAACUUAAGGAAUCUGGUAAAGUUCGCCACGUAGGAGUAUCAAACUUGAAUGAGGAGCAGCUCAAACGUAUAACGAGCGUAGCUAAACCAGCUUGUCUACAGGUGGAAGUUCAUCUUCUCUGCCAGCAAAAGGAACUAGUGGCCACCGCGACUAAGCUCGGAAUCCCGGUAGUUGCGUACUCCCCGCUUGGCUCCAAAGGCCUGGCAGAUGCAUUAUCCGCUAAAACUGGGCGGGAGUACCCGGAUCUGCUGCAGUUGCCGGCAGUGCUGCGUAUCGCCGAACGACACGCGCGCACUCCCGCGCAGGUGCUGCUGCGCCACGCCCUGCAGCGGGGAAUCGCUGCCAUACCGAAGAGCACCAAUCCGCAAAGAAUCAAACAGAACAUCUCUCUUUGGGACUUCGCGCUAACCGAAGAAGAAAUGGCUGAACUGUCUGCGAUGGACCGCGGUGAAGACGGCCGCAUCUGUGACUUCUCCUUCUUCAUCGGCAUAGACAAGCACCCAGAAUUCCCUUUCAAGAAAUAGAAG